ACAUCAUUCUCGUUUAAAAUAUUUGUUGUAUACAAUUUUUCGGGCAAGUGAUUUGAAUCCUAUAUUAGAGGAACUGAUAACGGAGGACGUCUAGGGCAAGCACCAGAGCCGCAAAUAGUAUGUACUGCUUAACCCAUUAGCUGCAGCUGUGAUUAAUUAAGGAACAACCGUUGAGAUACCUCAUUGUAGACAAAAGGAGAAUUAUUUUGGAGAAGUUACCUAAGCUUACCUGGGAAACAAAAUCACCCACAAAAUUUAGUUUCCAUAAUCAGAGGCACAGAAAGCAUGUCGGAAGAAAGUUCACAGAGCGAAAGUGGAAGUGGGAGCGGAAGUGAGAGUGAGGAGGGACCGGAAACGGAUGUGGAGCUGGCCAGGAACAGGACCUCCUCUACGGACGAUCUGAAGAGCAACGAUUGGCUGAGCCUGCACCACUUUGCACCCGGUGCCGAAGAACCACUGCUCAGCGUCUUCUCGCGCUUUUGCUCAGUGUAUGCGUAUCGCCAGCGGGAGAAGGGUCUGGAGCUGCAAUUCACCUCCGCGGAGCACCUGCAAUCCGGUGUCCUGAUGGCCAAGCGCCUGGUGGUCGGUAGGAUGCAGCUACGCUGGCAUGUGGGUCGCCUCAACCAGGAUCCCGGAUCUGGUCCUUCUCAAAAUACCCGGAGCCAAGCCGGCGAACUUGGUGUCUUCGGCAAAUUGCGAAGGGCAUUUGUCAACUACUUUAAGUAGUAACAGUUCUGUUUGAAAAACUCUCCAUACUUUUGUUUCGUGUUAGUUAUUUAAAUUUAAAUGCCAUGCGAAGACAUUAAAUAUGAACAUUCCAA